AUGGCAAAACCACGACUAUACAACACCCCAGAAGAGAAAUUAGAGGCCGCAUGCACUUAUCGGCGUGCUUACAAUGCACGUCAGCGCAACAAAUUACUCGCCCCCGAAACAAAGACAACCAAGGCAAAACGAGAUAGUGCUCCAUCAAUGCCUGUAGGAAGGCCUUGCAUACACGACACCCCUGACAAGAAACGUGAAGCGAGACGUAGGUAUAGACAGGUGUAUUACGAAUGUCACCGUGAUGAGCUACGUGCUAAAAAACAGGAAAAAUCUCGAUUGAAAUGUUGGACCACACAGUGUUCUGAUAUUGAUGCACGCUUGCAGGCUGUCACCGGGUCUUCGAGCACAGCAAAUUUUGUUGAGGGCCUUUGCAAGUACUUCGUUUCUCACCCGAACAAUCCUGAUUCAUUGGACGUUAUGCAGACCACUAUUGGCAUCUUAGAAAACCUUCAUCAACAUGCACAAUCUGUGGUAGACAAUGUUAUUGAGAAGCGCGGGAUUGGUUGCGACCUCAGUCGUACACAGGAUUCCGUAUUUCGAGUCUGUAGGGUUCUCACAGCUGUGGAUGAUGUACUCACUCAUGCCAUAGUGGGGGUCGGCCAUUUGAUUGAGGUACAUGGACAACGCGGACUGAAGCAUCAAAUCGCUCAAGACAAUAUGACAGUUGCUAUUCCUUAG